AAGAUGCGUCUUUCUGCUCUCCAGUCUGAUGUUGCCUGAGCACUCUUGGCGGGAGGACUGAGGUCUAAGGCCCCCGUUACUUUAGCUCCAAACGGUCCCUGUUCAUGGGAACUUUUUCCUUCUAAUUCCUCACAAGCGGGUCGUAGCAGCAGGCAGAGGCUCCGUGCCCGGACCCAGUCCGCAGCCCAGCCAUGCCUAAAAAAGGAAAAAAGUCCAAGAUACCCUUGACGGAGGAAGAGCAGCUGCUUAUAUUUCAGCAGAAGUUGCUGGCUGACGAGGAGGCAGCCAAGAAGAAAGAAAGGCUUCUCACCCAGUUCUUGAAGGACAAGUUGGCCAAAGAAGAACACAACAGCGCUCUGAACCUCAAUAAGAUUAACACGCAGUGGAGAACCGUCCUCAGAGAGGUCAAGACCCGAGAGCUUCACAAGGACAUUGAGAUCCUCAGCCAAACCUUUGAACGAGUGGUGGACUGCAAGGACAGCGUCAUUAAGUCUUUGGCUAGGGACUUGACGGAAGCUGAGGAGCAGUAUGCCCACGCUCUGCGUAGCCACCUGCACAACGUUGACCGGCUCUUGGCCCUGCAACGACGCCGGCUCGGCCUCCUGGAGGAAAAUUACAACAUGGAGCUGGAGGUCCUAACCAAAGAGUUCGAGACAGAAAGGAAAUCCAUCAUUGACCAUCAUGAGAAGGAGGUUCACUAUCUACAGGACGUCUUCAUGGCCAUGGAGCAAAACUAUAUAGACUCCGAGUACGAGAGCAAGCUAGAGUUCCAGAGCAUGUGGGAUGACCUAAAAAACAAGAAUUUAGAAGAGAAGCACUUUCUUCGCCUACAAUUGGAGAACAUAGUGGAAGACCUGUGGAGGAGGUUCCAGGAUGCACUCAAGAAUUACACCGAUGCCACGGAGGACCGGAAGAUUGCCUUUGAGGCCCUGAAGGUGAAGGAUGAGAAAAGCUCCAAAGAGAUUGAGGUUCAGAUGAAAAAGAUCCAGAGGCUGCAGGAGGCCAUAAGUGCCCUGAAAGGGAAGAUCGUAGCCCACAGCCGCGAAGGUGAAUGGCAGAAUCAGUGUAUCCGGAAUGACAAGGAGCUGGUCCAUGUGCAGCUGCGAAAACUUAAGAUCCAGAGGACCCAGGCUCGGACCGUAUCUCAGGAGAACUUAGUCAAGCUCACCCUGGAAAGUAAUGCCACCCUCAAGGCUCUGAAGAAGGCCGUGGAGAAGGGUGAAAAGAUCCUGAAGCUUGCUGAAAUAUGUAGGAAAUUUGAAACAGAGGAAGAAAAAGUACUGCCUUUCUAUUCUUCAGUACUGACUCCCGAGGAGCAGGAGGAGGCCGAGAUCCAGAACCCGGAGGACCUCACGGAGGACCUCGCCAAGCUUAUGAUGGACUAUGCGGGGAUGGAGAACUUCUGGAAGAGAUACAACAAGGUGAAGCUGGAGGUCCUGAGUCUGCAGCACAGGCGGCUACAGCUGCUGGAUAUCAGCGGCAAACUCCGGGGGAUGCUCAAACAGUACUUGGAUGGCAUCUCGGUGAGCGACGAAGUGCUGAGCCACCUCAACCCGCUCCUCAUAGUAAACCACAGAAGCAACCUGCCCCAGCUGCCCCCACUGGCAGCCCAGCCCGGCGGGGACAGAAGAGCCUCUUACAAUGUCAUCGAAGCAGCCCACAUUGUCUCCCAUAUUCUGUGACCGGAGGAGACUGCCUUCCGGACCCAGAGACUUUAUUCCUUUUUUGAAACCUGACUGCUUCGCUCUCCCACUCAGACGGACAGACGGACAGACGGACAGACACCCCAGCUGUACUCCUUCCUGACUGCCACUACCCCAUGCACUGUAGCAGAUUACUUAUUCUUUUUUUAAAAAGAGAGAAAUAAAUAAAAGUAAAAG